AGCUAUAGGUCAUUCCAUUUUUCUUUGUUUCCUCUGCUGUAAACCAAGAAUGAUAGUACUGUCUGAUGUCUGGCUGUAUAUAGUUAUAAAAUAGCACACAUUUCUCAGAUGUCAUAUAAAAUUAUUGUAAAAAACUAAUCUAGCAAAAUGCACUAGUCUGUUGGGAAGGCUGCUACGUGUUUCCAAAUAAUUAUAUUUUUUUUUGCUGAUAGAAUCAGUAACAAAAGCCUAAUUCUUUCCCCGACUAGCAAUAUUGAGUGGCAAUAUGCUACUAUCCAACAAAAUGCACGUAGGCCCUUCAUUUCCAGUGACCUCUGUAGUGAUUUUGAAAUGAAGAGACAGGUACAAAGAUUGUUACUUUCCAUCACUAACUUGAGGAAAAGAGCAGAGAGAAAAUAUAAUUUCAUAAAGAAAUUAGCAACAUAGGAGCCACUAGGUGUCCUAUUUUUAUAGUUCUACUUGUAGAUUCAAUAAAUAUCAAUAUAACUUUAAAAUACCUUUCUUUUAGCCUGCAAUGCACAUUAAAGAACUUAAUUACUUUCUAGUACCCAAUGUAAUAAUUUGACACUGUUAUUCAUAAAUGUUUAAAUAUAUAUUAAUUCAUGUACAUUCAGACAUAUUAUAUACCUGACUAUUAUUUAUUUCAUGUACAAUAUCUUAUCUUUUUUUACUAUAAAUUAUUUAUUAAACAGUAAAGACAUUGGUAAACAUUUAAUACAGAUAUGAACUAAUAUUCAUGAUUGCAUUUUCUUUUAUUCAUUUCAAUCCACUCUCUUUAAUUACCUUAGGUGUUCUUGUCACUUGAGAAACUGAAGUUCAGUAUGCUAUUUUAGAAAGAGUCCCAAAUCCAUCAAAACUAUUAACUGAGAUUAAUUUUAUUUCAAGAAUUAGCUGUCUAGAAUUUCAAAACUUCAAAUCCUUCUACUUAACCCUCUCAUGUAUCUUUUUUAAGAGUCUGCACUUUGAGAUUGUUUUGUGUUGUUUUAUUGGCUACUUAUCCUUCUUAACAUAUGUUGUAGAAAAUAAAUGUAUGAAAAGAGAAAAUACUUGCUGUUUUAAUUUCCCGAGAUCAGCUCUUUCAACAACCAGGAAUUAUCUAACAAAUGUUUUUAGCACUAAUUUAAUGCAAAUUUCAAGGGGGUUUGGUUUUAUAAACACAUUCCUUUUUGAGGAAUAUGUUUUUCUAAACAUACAUAAAGAUGCUCACAGAAAGGUACACUCAUGGUUAAGAUACUAUUUCUGACAAUGCAAUAGUUUAAAGUGAAAACAAAAGUUUGCUACUAAUAAGUUAACAGGCCAACAACCUCAGGUAGUGACUCUUGGAUUUUUAAUAAUUUCAGGUACUUUUAAAAUGUUUUUGUCUUACUGAUGGCUCUGGAAUAAUGAAAUAUAAAUUACUGCUUUGUACAUGUGAAUCAGUAAUCAAUUAACAAACUGUUCUUUUCAGGUUUCUGGACCUUAAUACAUUUAAGAACAGUAUGUCUGACAACCAACAAAAUAAGAGGAGAAGCAAAAAAGGUUGUGGAAGUGUUGCUGCUCUUCAGGAUGCAGAUAAGACAAUGGAAGAAAUGCAUCAGUCAUACAAAGCUCUAGGAAAAAACAGCCAAGCAACAUCAACAUCCAGACCAUGGCCAGACCAACAAGUGACGAGUUUUCCAAGUAAAAAUCUGUUUGCAUUGCAGAGGAGACAUCCCACUUCUUUAUCUUUCUUCCCAAAGAAAGACAACAUGGGAUAUGCCUUUGACUUCAGCUUUCUGCUACAGAUCUCAUGUCCAGAAUACAACAUUUUAAACUCAUUAGUGGAUUUAGAUACUUUUCAGAUAGUAAAAGCACAAACACAACAAAGGUUAAAUAUAACAAUGCUAAAAACCAGGAACAAGAGAUCUAAGUUUCAUCUGCCACCAGUGACAUGUGAGCCUGUAAGAACAAUUCAUCUUGCUCCUCUAGAGGAUGAUAUUGUCAAUGAAAGCAGCAACAUCAGAAAUAUUUUAAAUAUUAUGAACUCUAUUCCUCAGCCUAUAAAAUCAGUUACCAAAUUUUAUCAUAAUCAGUUAGACAAUCUAUUCAAAAGGCACAGUGAAAAGUCAUCAGACUUGAUUGUGGCUACAAUUUCUGAUAAAGUCACUCCAGCAGAAGACCUGUACUGCUUCAGGACGAGGAACUGUUCUAAGUACCCCAACAAGAAGAAAGAAGGAGUUCAGAGCCAUUUGGGAUGGAGGGAGGCUGCCGUAGGUGCCCACGCUGACAGGAAUGAGCAGGUGAAGUUCCAGUGCUCAGUGGUUUGUGAGAACACCGAUCCUGUGAGCCAAGCCGGGCUCUGUGGUGACGGUCACCCCCACCUGAGCUCCAGUGAUGCUCUGGUCAGCUGUGGCAGAGCUCAGACAACAUUUACCAUGUCGAGCAGCAGCGAUGCCUCAAGAGCUGGCAACGAGCAAAGGGCAACAGAGAAUUGCUGCAGCACUGGCCCAGAAGAAGGAGAUGCUGCAGAGAUGACGCUGGAUUGUGCACCGUGUGAAGGUGCUGAAAGGGCAAACUCUGUGCUUGGCAAUCAUGAUGUAGAUCCUUCCUGUGAAAAUGAAGUGGCAGAGGCCUACCACGCCUUAGAAAAUAAUUCUGUAGUUGCAGUAAUUCCCACAGUAGAAGUUCAAGAUCCCUCUGGAAAGCAAACAGAAAAUUGUGUCUGUCUCUCUGAAUCUGAAAUGGAAAAAGAAGAAAUGUCAGAAGCUACUCCAGAAGACCAAACUGAGCCUGUAGCUGCUGUUCAUGUUACAUUCUCUGAGCAAGAGCCAACCAGGGAACCACACAUUGCUAAACAACCCCCCCCAAAAGAGAGUGGUGUUCAUGGCCUGCCUCCUCAGGGUACUCAGAGCUUCAGCGUUCUCACUCACAAAGAAAAUGACAAAAAUAAAAGAAAGAUUAAUAGAAAUAAAUAUUCAUCCAAAUCUAAAAUUAAUAACAAGCUAAAGAUGUCUAAAGACUUCAUUGUUUCUGAUGAGAUUACUGCAAAACAUAAUGCCAAGAGUCAGAUUUUUCCUUCUUUAGAACUGCCACAGGUGAAAUCUGAGACUUCCCUGAAGUGUCAGAAAAAAAACCCUCAAGGAGACAAAGGCCAUUUUUCUCAGAGUGCUCAGAAACUCAAAAAGCAAAGUUUCUCCUGCAGUUGCAAAAAUUCAGUUGAGUUAAAGAACAGUGUUACUCCACUUUCUCUGCCACACCCACCAUCUGCCUUAGAUUUUGGAGACCUGAAAUACAGUGACAUGUUCAAGCAAAUCAACUCAAAUGACCAAGGCCCAGGGAUUUAUGAAAUGUUUGGAACUCCUGUGUAUUCCCACGUGCGGGAGCUCGAGCGACACGAGAGCAGAUUUUAUAAAAGUGUUUGUUCUGCUCCCUCAGGGAGAGGCACUGUCAGCACCUGCAGAUGUACCUGCACCAAAGGGAGGGAGAGCAGCAGGGUAAGAAACACUCCAAAGAAAACACAUCCCAAGCCAAAGAAGACAAAACCUGGCACUAAACAAAAGCAGAAAUGUUCAAUCCCAAAGGAUGGAAGUACCAAGUUGAGUGACAGCAACACAGAGCAAGAUAAUGUGGUAAUUUCUGAUGCAGAUUUUCAAACAAACACGUCAAGGAGCACAGCAUUGUCUCAUGGAGACACAGAUCACCAGCUUAUGUUGUUAGAAGAGCUUUCUCAGUCAACUAAGCAAAAUGAAAUUUUUUCAAAUUCAAACUUAUCAACUAUCAAAGAAGUUACUUUGGAGCAGUCUUUAGACAGACAGGAUGUAUCCAACCAUCAGAGAGCUGCUCCGUGUGGACAGAAUCUUCAGCUCAGUGAUGAAGACUGCAGAGACUGUGUUGCUCCAAGGAGCAGUCUGCUAACAACAGACCAGAACAUCUGUGUAUCCCAGUGCAGAGGGAAUAUGGAUGGUGGCAAAGGCCUGGAAUCAGACCAGGCCUCCUUCAAGUCUGUCAAUAAGGGUGAAGCAUCACCCUUUUCAGAUAGACUGGAGUGUCAAUCCCCUACAGAAAAAUCAAAUCACAGUUGGGCAAACACACUCCAAAAUAGUAUUUUGGCAAAUGAAUUGAGUCGGCCUUCAGUGACUAAAAGCCCCAGUUUCCAGACAAGUCAAAACACUUUGUCCUGGACAGAUAAAGAUGUGACUGAUGAGUUGCUUUGUUGCCUGGCUGAAGAAUUGCUAAUGCUUGAAGAAAAAGACACGAACUCUGCAAGAACAAAACAUACAGGUUCUAAAAUGCAAAACACACAUGCUGAAGAAGAAAAUAUGAUUAGUGGAGAUGGAGCAAUAGUAAAUAAUGCUCUAGAGAAGAGUUGCAGUAAAGCCUUUUUGGCACCAAGUGAAGAAAGUGGCCUUUUAAACUUAGAUGAAUCUACUAAAUUAUCAGGAAGUAGCUUAACUACCAAGGAUCCUAUCAUGUGGACAAGAGGGGAAGUCCUUGGAAAGGGAGCCUAUGGCACAGUGUACUGCGGUCUGACCAGCCAGGGACAGUUAAUAGCUGUAAAACAGGUUGUUUUGGACACAUCAGAUCAACUCACUACAGAAAAGGAGUACCAGAAGUUUCAUGAGGAAGUUGAUCUCUUGAAGACAUUGAAGCACGUCAACAUUGUAACUUACUUAGGGACUUGUCUGGAACACAACAUUUUAAGCAUUUUCAUGGAGUUUGUUCCUGGCGGCUCCAUUUCCAGUAUUAUCAAUCGCUUUGGCCCGCUGCCAGAAGUUGUCCUUUGCAGAUACACCAGGCAAAUUCUGCAGGGGGUUGCCUAUUUACACGCCAACUGUGUGGUGCACAGAGACAUCAAGGGCAACAACGUGAUGCUCAUGCCCAGCGGGACGGUGAAGCUCAUUGACUUUGGCUGUGCCAGGCGCUUGGCCUGGAUCAGCCCCGGCGGCACCCGGAGCGAGACGCUGCGGUCCGUGCACGGCACUCCCUACUGGAUGGCUCCGGAGGUGAUCAGCGAGUCGGGAUACGGGAGGAAAUCAGACAUCUGGAGCGUCGGCUGCACCGUGUUUGAGAUGGCAACAGGAAAGCCGCCCCUGGCUUCCAUGGGCAGGAUUGCAGCCAUGUUCUACAUCGGGGCCCACAGGGGGCUGAUGCCUUCCCUUCCCGAGGGAUUCUCCGGCGCUGCCGUGGAUUUUGUGCGUGCCUGCUUAACCAGAGAUCAACAUGAACGUCCUUCUGCUCUGCAGUUGCUGGACCAUCCCUUUGUGAAAGGAAGACAGUGAAUUUUUCAACUCUUGCCAAGUACCAAAUACCCGAUCACCACAAUGGAAUGGGAGCAAAGGAAACAAAUGAGACUUCAGACUUUCAAGCAGUCUGUUAUUUGACUGAUUUGAUGACAACCAGCAAUGUUUAGCCAAUAACUGAAAGAGGACCUUUGUGUUUCCAACUUUGUAAAAAUUCAACAUAGGAAAAUGGGAUCAUUUCUGCACAAUAGAGGUGAGGUAGGGAAUUUUAUUGAAAAUACUUUUUUUUUUACAAGUUCUUAGAAAUAAAGUUUUUUCUAAUCUCACACAAAUGGCUGUACCUCAAAAAUGCAACUAAGCUAUUAUGAAACAUUUAUAUUUACAAUUAGCCAGAAGAAUGUACAGAACUGCCAUGUUAUGCAAAUAGCCAAGACCCAGCUCACAGUGAGAUACAUUAGCCCAGCACUCCCACCAUCAGGAACAGACCAAGAUCCAACAUACGAAAGAAUUUCACUAUUCUACAAACCUCAGAUCUCACAAACAGGGAGGAUUUUUAAUAGUGUUGUACCAAGGUCUCCACUACAGUGUCAUUUUACAAAUUAUAUAAUUCUUGUACUCAAAUUUAUAACAAAAAAUCUGUAAUAAGUGAUGAACAAAGGAACAGUGUUGACUUUGAGCCUUUUAUUGCAUUUAUUCAGUCAUUCCCGUGUGAGGCCAAUGCCGAUCCCAUCAGUUUUCAUUCCUUCCCACCCCUCAGCCAGGCUGCCAUUCACACCAGUCACUAAUUUCAGUCAGGGCAAACUAGUGGCACCUGGCUGCAUCUCCUCUCCCUCCCUCUCAGCCCCAGGGAUCACCACUGAUCGCAGUGGUGGAAUUCAGUUCCAAACACAAUGACACGUACAGUUUCACCUAUUUACAAUGACAUUGAAAACCAAACCCCAUGAGUUUUAUGGACAUCCUUUACAGAGAAACCAAAACCCACUGUUUGGAUCUCAAUGUAGCAUAGCAACAUUUUGUCCACUGUUAUUUCACAAUUUCCCAGAAUCAAAACAGGAAAUAAUUCUUUUGAAACAGCACCUUAGGAGGAAGGCCUAUGCUCAUUCCAAUGUAUAUUAGACAGGCACUAGUUACCAUCCAGACAUUUUAACUCCAGGUUGUGACAGAAACUGCUAUAUAUACAGUACAAUAUAUUGCUUAUCCAGAGUGGCUGUAUAAGAUGCAUUUCAGGGCACACCUAUUUAAACAGACUCAAAAAGAAAGUACUGUAGUGCUUCAAAGACAAAUUAAGACAGUUUCCUGCUAUGUCAUCUCUCUGCCCAGGCUCUGGUUUAGGACAGUAUAUAAUGCAGAUUACAUUGGUUACAAAUCAGACCCAAGAGUAGCACUGAGAUGGAAAGGAAAGGGACUAUAAAAGGAUAGAAAAUAUCCAACAAUGCAGAAGUUUGUAACAAGAAGUUACAUUCCCAAUGUAGAAAAAUAACCAAGUCAAUAGGGAUAAGACAGCUUUGGAUUUUGUAAACGAGCCUUGACUUAAGAUAAGAUAUAGCAGAAAAUGCAAUCAGGUUUCCAUUUAAAUAUUCCUUAAAGUGUAAAAAAAGUAUCCAUAGUUCAAAUAAAACUUAUUCAAGUAAUUACAAGCGUUUGCAUUACUGGAAACAGAGUAUUACAUAGUAAUUGAUAUACCUGUAGUUACAUCAUACAGCAACUACCAACCAGGCUGAGAUUGAACAGUUUUAUCAUGUAAAGCACAGGUGAGUAAAGAACUGGAAGGGCAAAGCUGCAGAUGUUCCAUGGGGACUUACAGAGUUAAAGGAGCACUGAGGGAAUGAGGUGGCUUAGCAAAAGUUCACAUCAUGGUCACUUCCAAGUCAAAAGAAGUCAUGGAAAACUGGCUGUUGCUACUAGAAAUCUACUGAGUUCAUGUUGAGGUACUUCAUAGCUUAUGAAAAGUUUGAGUAACAACCCAGAAAGUCAGUUCUCUGCUCUCCAGGCGGCUGAGCUGCAGUACUGGCUUGGAGAACACAAGGACAUUCACACCUGUCAUUCCUCCUGCAGGCAAAGCCUCUGGGAAGAGCAGCCGAGCCCUGACACUUGCAGGCAGAUUAAAUGGAUGCCAGUGGUUUAACUGGGACACUGAGGGGUUUUCUAACCCCCCCAGAGCUGAAAAAACCAGAACAAGCCUCUUCCAAUUUGGUAACUAAUGACAAGUACAAUGCACAGAAUCACUGGUAACUAUUUUAUUGUUGGAAUAUAAAGCUGGGAUAUCAAUAGUUUUAUUCUUAUUUACUGUGAAGACUGCAUUCACCUGUAAAAGAAAUAUGGCAUCACACACAAGUACACUUUUUGGAUUUCAGAAUGUGGGUAUUAUUCUGAAAUGGUAAUGGGAACAGUGACCCCUGCUCACUAUUAGAAUAAAUUAUGAUUUAUUUUUUCUUUAAAAAAAAAAAGAUGAUUUUCCCACAAUGACAGCUCUGAAUUGCAGUUAAGUCACAUUACUCUACAUAACCAUUAUUAACAGCUCUGUGUCUACUUUACUGCAUCAAGCCAAUAAACAUUUAAAUGCACUUCA